CAACCCUAAUGCUAUUGAAAGCAUAAUAACUAUCGAGCAAAACACGUAAACUUACUAAACACUGAUCUUACGUCCAUUGUUAAUGCUGUCAUUCACUAGUUAGAGUUCAUCAUUGAAUUGAGAGCCUUCAACAGCUUCAGUCAUAAUGUGGGCUCAGGCGAUUCCAUACCUGAUCGUAGUACAUGUGGCGAUGGGAGAACAAAAAGUGCCAGGGUUCUCUAGAGAAAUGAGCGACGGAGUAGAAAGCAGAGGCUUUAAGAUCAUUUACGGCGAUGAAGACAUGACCAUCAUCAACCAAGUGGUCAGUGAAGCCGAAAAAGGCAGUGCUUUUAAGAAGAGAGUACGUUUGAAUGAAGCUAUUAAACCCUUACCGGCGCAAGAUGUCAAGUGCUUGAUGUCUGUCGACCGGUACUGUAGCAAGGAGAUGGGCAUGAUGAAAAGUGUAUUGAUACAAGCUGUAAAAGAUGACUGCGCGAAAUGUUCAGUGGAGCAGAAGGAUCAAGCUGGGAAAGUAAUUGCAUCCAUGAUGGCUCAUGAUCCAGUCGCGUGGAAAGUUUUCCUCACCAGAUCUGCACUUCAACUAAAAGCAAGAAAACAACCUAACAAACGCGAAGAGAUUCGUUUGAAAGAUAUAGGAGAACCAGAAGAUGUAGUUCGAUCUCCUGGUAAUAGUUAUAUUAUGCCUGGAGUGCAGGUUAGAGUUAAACGAUAUGUUUCCGAAAAGGUAUUAGAUAGCUUAACUUAAGUAAUGUUUUAGUUAACUAUUAGCACUCAU